UCUGUAACGUAGAAUUAAUAAGAAACUCGAAUCUGCCAUCAUUGAAGCAUAAUAAUCUAUGAUUGCUUGAUUGACUAGCUAGUUUUAUGUUUUCAGAUAAUUACUGGGUGAUUUCCAAAUCAAAAUACAGAAGUAAAUCCUUAUGUAUAAGACACUCAAUCUUCUUACAUGUUUAUAAGUAGCCUUCUCCCUUCUGUGUCCAUUGUUAUGAAUACGAUCUCACCACAAGCUGGAGUUCCAGUCAUUUUGGUCUCAUAUUCAGGGCUCUUGGUUUUUAAAGACUAGUAGAAUUGCACGUAUACAGGUACUAUUUUCCUUUCUGAGUGAAAAUGCAGUACAGUGAAACUAAAGAAUUAGCAGAUGAGAUUAGAGCACAACUAAGUGAAGUACCUUCAGCAAACCGAGAGUAUUGCAUUGGUAGAGUGCGCAGACGACUCCGAGAAGCUCAUAGGAUACUUUACAUUCCCAUGACAAUCUCAAUAGGUCCUCUUCAUCACAGCAGGAGUGACCUAAGCGCUAUGGAAAAGUACAAACAACAGUACACAAAAUCUUUCCUUGAGCAAAGUCCACACUUGUUUCUUGAAGAUUACCUGAAAGCACUGCAAGGUCUAGUAGAGAAAACAAGAAAAUGUUACGGGGAAGAAAUUAACCUCAGUAGCAAGAAAUUCAAGAAAAUGAUGUUGUAUGAUGGAUGCUUCAUCAUCGAGCUAUUUCUUCGGUUCAAGAAGGAGGUUCCAGGAUCAGAAGAUGAUCCGAUAUUCAGAAGAAUUGGAUUGCUUAAUCGAAUCAAACGAGACAUGAUAUUGUUCGAAAAUCAGCUUCCAUUUUUUGUUCUUCAAUGCUUGUUUAAUCUAAGUACAGUAUUCAAUGGAGGACCUUCUCUCAUAGAACUGGCACUUCAUUUUUUCAGUGAUAUAAUUCCAGGACACAGAAGUAUCCCCCAAGAACAGGGUGCUGAUCUUAAGCAUUUACUUGACCUCCUACGCCAUAGCUAUGCACCAUCUUGGAUUGACGCGAAUCUAAUGGACGAUGAUCCUGAGCUACUUAUGUACAGUGCUACUGAUCUUAAACUCAAAGCUGCAGUUAAGUUUAGGACAGCUUCCAAGGCAGGAAGCUUAUUAGACAUUAAGUUUCACUCUAAUGGGUUGAUGGAGAUCCCACGAUUGAAGCUUCAGGCUGAGACUGAAACUCUCUUUCGAAAUUUUAUGGCGUUCGAGCAGUGUUGUGAGAGGUCUAAUGCUUAUAUCACUGAUUAUAUCUCCUUCAUGGGGUGCUUGAUUAAGGCUUGGGAUGAUGCGGAUUUGCUGUGUGACGCCGGAAUCAUAGAGAGUCACUUGCCAUGGGACCCUCUUGCCAUUACCGAUCUUUUCAGGACUCUAAGCAAGGAGUUGAUAGUGUACAAUUGCUAUUAUUCCAGACUCUGCAAGAGGAUGAGCCUUCGUUGCAUUAGGCCGCGGCAGCCAUGGCCCUUGACGGAAACCUUGACGUAUGAUUGCUCCGCCAAUUUGAAAAUUCUGGGAUUUCUCCUGGUUUUUAUGUGGUUGGUUUGGUUGCAUUUAAUUUUCCCUUGAUUUGGCUUGCUGGAAAUAAGCUACUGGAUGAUCAUUGGAGACUGCACCAA